UGGGCUGCGGCCAUCAGCGGGCAGGCGCUGGGCACCUGGCUGGGCGGCACCAGCCAGGGGCACGGGUGCGAGUGCUCCUGCCACUUCGAGGCCUCGCCAGACGAGGCGCUGAUCGGGCUGCUCAAGGGGCAGCUCGACAGGUGCGGGCCAGAGCACCUCCACGGGCAGCCCGCCUUUGCACCUGACUGCCCAGCCUGCGCCCCUUGCCCGCCCGGGCACACCGGGCUCGAGGUGGUCCUGGCGCUGCUGUUGGGGCUUGUACUGGGCGCGGUGCUGCGCGAG